UCUCUUUGGUAAUCUACAAAUAUGUAUGUGACAUUGAAACAUGUUUUGGAACCACCUUUAGUUUAUUAUCAAUUUUACAGUAGUUUCUCUCAUCUUACUUUGUUUUAUUACUUAUUUUGUACACAUAAACACCUUAUUGUGCUGUAUAGAUAUAAUUAAUUGAGAACAUGUGCUUUUAAGGCUUCUGAAUACUCAGAAAUGAAGAAGAAAGUGGACAUGAAGGAUGAGUUUAGUUACCCUUUGCUUCAGUGGAUUAUUUCCAGCAACCGCUCACACAUUGUCAAACUGCCUGAUCAUAAAUUGAUGAAAACUAUGGCAACACCUCAUCAAUUUCUGCUCCUCAGUAGCCCUCCUGCUAAAGAAUCUGCAUUUCGAUGUGCUAAGAAAGAGCAUGGCAGCACAUUUGCCUUUCAUGGUUCUACAAUUGAGAACUGGCAUUCAAUACUGCGAAAUGGACUUUUAAAUGCAUCUGGCACUAAGUAUCAGACACACGGUACUGCCUAUGGCAGUGGAAUUUACCUCAGUCCCAAUAGUGGUGUCUCAUUUGGCUACUCACAGAUUUAUGCAACUGGAGCACAAUCACGUAGAUCUUCAACUAGUGGUGGCUCACGAUUUCUUGAGGGCAAGAACCUUCGAUGCAUAGCUCUGUGUGAAGUGAUAACAAGCAGCGACUUGAGAAAAAAUGGAAACAUCUGGGUGAUGCCAAAACCAGACUAUGUUUGCACUCGUUUCUUCUUUGUAUAUGAACAGGGUCAUUGUCAGAAUGUAAGCAUUACCACUGACUGUAAAGCAUUUCAACAUGAAAUAGAACGUGCUCUAUUCGUUAUCUGAAAAUGCAAACUGCUUCAUCUUGUAUGCAGAUGGAAAUUAACUUGUUAGUACAUAUUAUCUGCAGUGUACAGCAUGCAACAACUUUGAUUGACAUUUAGCCAGUCUUCUCUGUUA